GUUGACAUAUGAGUAGUUACCUCUUCUCUUUUAAACAUUACCAAAACAGUUGGAGUUGAGUUGUUCUUCUGACGAGAAGAAAGCAAUGGGGAUUCCAUCGGAAAUGAGAGAUGCUUGGAUUAACAAAAGGAAAUCACUGUUGAUCCCUUCUCCAUCCGAAGACCAGAGGAUCUCGGCUGCAAAACGGUGUGCUCAAGAGGGGGUUCGUGCUGGGACAAAGGCUGCUGUAAUUGCCGCCGUUGUCACUACUCCACCCACGUUGUUCGCGUGUCGUACGAUUCCUUGGGCAAAGCGUAACCUUAACUAUACUGCACAAGCACUGAUUGUAUCUGCAGCUUCAAUUGCGGCCUACUUCAUCACAGUUGAUAAAACUAUUUUGGCAUGUGCAAGAAAUAAUGCACGGUAUGAUAAAGCAGUUUAAACAGAAUCAUCCAUUCAUCAAAAAGUUUGAGGACAAGGACAUUGAUCUUGGAAUUCUGGUGGGCAGCUUAGAACCUCCUGUAAACUUCCCCAGAUAAACAUUUUUGUUGAUUGUAAAACUUUUGGCCAUAUACAAUAUGUAAUAGUUGUUGCUUACAAUGAUGA